CAGGUGUGUGGAGAGAAAAACAGAUUUGAGAAACUCAUGGAGUAUUUCAGAAAUGAGGACAACAACAUUGAUUUCAUGGUGGCUUGUAUGCAGUUUAUCAACAUUGUAGUGCACUCAGAAGAGAACAUGAACUUCCGAGUGUAUUUACAGUAUGAGUUUACACAACUGGGACUAGACAGCUAUCUGGAGAAGUUAACCGUCACUGAGAGCGAGAGGCUGCAGGUGCAGAUUCAAGCGUAUCUGGAUAAUGUGUUUGAUGUAGGAGCGAUGCUAGAGGACGCCGAGGCCAAAAACACAAUAAUGGAACAUCUAGAGGAGCUACAAGAACAAAACACACAGUUAAACACUAGACUGCAGCAGUGUGAGAGUGAAGCUGUGGAGAAGACGUCUGAACUGGAGAAACAGCUCAUACAGAGUAGGAAAGAGGUGGAGCUUCUGAAGGACAGUGUGAAGGAGACACAGGCUCAGCUCUCUCAGCUGCAGCAGAAGGAGAAAGAGAGAGAGAUAUACAGUGAGAAGGAGCAGGAGCGAGAGAGAGAGAGACAGCGCUCUGCUGAAGCUCUGUCCGAGCUGGAGAAGAUGGCCCAGGUUCUGCUGGACCGAGGUCUGAUCCGCAUGGACAGAUCCCAAUCCGGCUCUCUGGAAUUACACAUUAUGCCAGCUGCUAACAUAACAGAUAAUAGUAUCACAGAAAUAAAGGCCUCGCCUGUGAUGCAGUCUCCGCCCCCUCCUCCUGCCCCCGCCCCUCCACCACCACCUCCUCCUCCGCCCCCUAUGAGUGUAGCCCCGCCCCCUUCACCUGUGCCUGGAAGGACAGGAAGUGUACAGACAGGUGUAAAAGGUAAGAAGCCAAUCAAGACCAAGUAUCGCAUGCCACUGCUUAACUGGCAGGCUCUAAUGGAGGAACAGGUGGCCGGCACCGUCUUCACAGAGCUGGAUGAUGAAAGUGUGCUUGGGGAGCUGAAUAUGGACGUCUUUGAGGAGUUGUUUAAAACUAAAGCUCAGUCUGCACCUGUGGAUGUCGGCACUCUGAAGGUGAAAGCGGCUCAUAAAGCAUCCAGUAAAAUCGCACUGCUGGAGCCCAACAGGGCCAAAAACCUCGCCAUCACGCUGCGGAAAGUAGGCAUGAGCACUGCGCAGAUCUGCACUGCGAUCCAAACGUAUAAUCUUGAUUUGCUAAACUCUGACUUUCUGGAGCUGCUGGAGCGUUUCAUCCCGUCGGAUUAUGAGCUGAGGUUGAUUGAGAAAUACGAGCGUGAAGGGCGCCCCCUGCAGGAGCUGUCGGAGGAGGACCGAUUCAUGGUGGCCUUCAGCAAGAUCCCGCGUCUGGCACAGAGAAUCAGCACUCUGACCUUCAUGGGCAACUUCAGCGAGAGCAUCCUGCUAAUAAAGCCUCAAUUAAAUGCCAUCAUUGCUGCAUCCAUGUCAAUCAAAUCCUCCAGCAAACUCAAGAAGAUUCUAGAGAUCAUUCUUGCAUUUGGGAAUUACAUGAACAGUGAGAAGAGAGGAUCAGCAUAUGGAUUUCGACUCCAAAGUCUGGACCUGCUUCUGGACAUGAAAUCCACAGAUCGAAAACUGACACUCCUGCAUUUCAUCGUCAGCAUCAUACAAGAGAAAUAUCCUCAGCUGCACAACUUUCACACUGAACUACACUGUCUGGAUAAAGCUGCACUGGUCUCUCAGGACAGCAUCCUUGCAGAUGUUCGAUCUCUGGAGAAGGGAAUGGAGGUGGUUCGAAGGGAAUAUCUCCAGCAGAAAGACAGCGCUGUCCUCACAAACUUCAUGUCCAGUAACGGCAGUCUGCUGGACUCUGUGGUCAAAGACAGCAAAACUGCAGAGGAGGUCUUUCACUCAGUGGUGGAGUAUUUCGGAGAGGAUCCCAAAUCCACGCCUCCUUCUGUUUUCUUCCCUGUUUUUGCCAGAUUUAUUAAAGCAUAUAAGCUGGCCGAACAGGAGAACGAACAGCGGAGGAAGAGAAUCUCUGAGACUGAUUUGGGCUCAGAUUUACACAUCCCUGACUCUCCUGUGAACACUGCUGUGUCUAACAGGAUGCCGGUGAUGCCAGGCUUCCCUCAGGUGGAUCUGAUCGCAGAGCUGAAGCGCAGGCAGAUGACGCCGCUCGUGAGAGAGGGCAGAGACGGAGCCAUCGAGGACAUCAUCACAGAUUUAAGGAACCAGCCAUACAUCAGAGCAGACGGAGGAAGACGAAGCGCCAAAUGGAAACCAGCUCAGCAGCUUCCCGUGUCGUCCGACAUCUCUCUGUGAAACACACACAGCUCAAAGCAUCCUGUGAUGAACCCACAUUACACACGAGGCCAAAAACAGUUUACAAGAAAUAUUUAACCACAAGCAAAAUUAAGCUAUUUGUAUUUAAAUUAUAAAAGCUGUACUAUUUAUGUACAAUUUAUUUAACAACUUUAUAGUCAAUCUCAAGAAACCUUUCAAGAACGUGUGCUUGUAUAUUUCAUAUCUCACCCCAAAAUGUUACGAAUUUCUGAAAUGUGAAGAAUUUGAACAAGCGUGUAUAUUUAAUACUCUGCAUCAAAGUUAAAGAAAAAAAAA